AUGGACUACAUACGAACUCUUUUGCCAAACGGAAAGGGGAAGGAUGUUCCUGAGACAAUCACACCAUACUCUGAGGAACUUAUCUUAGAACAGUUGACGAGAAACUACUCGUUUCUCUCCUCACCCGGAAUGGCCAAAAUACGUGCUCUGCGUGUCAUCGUUGUUGGUGCCGGAGGUGUUGGAUCCAACGCAAUUGUUUCUCUGGUCCGUUCAGGCGUGUCGCACAUACGGAUAGUUGAUUUUGAUCAAGUUUCACUUUCCUCUCUUAAUAGACACGCGUGUGCCACUUUGAAGGACGUUGGCCGUAGCAAGGUCGAAUGUCUAGUUGAUUUUAUCGGCCAAAUAGCGCCAUGGUCAGACGCAGAGGGGAUCAACGAACUUUUCAGUGUGGAAAAGGCAGAACGUCUAUUGCGUACGAUGGAGGAUGGAUCCAAGCCAGAUUACGUUGUGGAUUGUAUUGAUAACAUCGACACUAAGAUUGAUCUCUUAGCCUUCUGCUACAAGAACGACAUCCCCGUCAUUUCCUCCAUGGGUGCUGCCUGCAAGUCGGAUGCUACAAGAAUCAAUGUAGGAGACGUGAGUGUUUCUGACGAAGACCCACUCGCACGUGCGGUUCGUCGAAGAUUAAAGAAGCUCGGAAUAUCCAAUGGAAUCACUACAGUUUUCAGUGCCGAGAAGCCUGACCCAAGAAAGGCUUCUCUUUUACCACUUGCAGAUGAAGAGUUUGAACGUGGUAAAGUCGAUGAGUUGAGUGCUUUGCAGAAUUUCCGUGUGAGAAUUCUUCCUGUUCUCGGCACCAUGCCCGGGAUGUUUGGCCUAGCAAUUGCUACUCGAAUCGUCACUGAAGCCGGAGGAUACCCGGUUGAGCCAAUUGAGGGUAAGAACAGAUACAAGGUUUACGAUUCGUUGCUGCAGAGCUUGGCUGGCCAACAGACUAGAAUUGACAUCAAGGACCAGCGGACUCCAUGGGUGGCUCUGUCCGAUGUUCAAUACAUCAUAGAGGAGGUGUGGAGAGGAAAGAGUCCUGUGAGCGGGUUAUCUACGAGAUUGACAUUGAGCCGUUGGUACCCUGACCAAGAAUUGGGGAUGCAGAAUGCUGUUGUUCUCACCAAGGAAGAGCAAAGAGAGCAUGAAAAAAGGGUUUUGCUCGGGAAUGAGAAGAUCGAGGAUGUUUAUUCUCCUGAAGUUGUCAGGCGUGUUCUGGACAGGUUCGCAGAAGAGAAGUACUACUCGCAGUUCAGAUGA